UGGGGAGGUGGCUGGGGGAGGGCUCUGCUGAGUGCAGCCGCCCCCACCUGUCCCCCAGCCCAGAGAGCUGAGCACAGAGAGACAGAACCCCCAGAAAUGCCGCUCCCUGGGUGCAGGCCCCGGGCCCUGCCCUCCCUUUGCUUCUGCCUCUGCGCUGUGCUCCUGGCCUGUGUUGUGGAAUGCCAGGAAGAACUGCCUACGAGUUCCCCGAGUGCCCCUCCAGGGCUGGUAAGUAGAUCCUGGAACGCGGUGCUGGGCAAGGUGAAGGGGAUGAUGGAGCCACUGGUGACAAAGACCAGAGAGACGUGGCAGUGGUUCCGCGUCCCCACAGCCGUCCAGGGCUUUGCACAGACCUACUACGAGGACCACCUGCAGGACCUGGGUCCCCGUACCCAGGCCUGGCUCCGCAGCUCCAAGGACAGCCUCCUGAACAAGGCCCACAGCUUGUGUCCCCAGUUUCUCUGUGGGGAGGGGGACCAGGAUUAAAGUGUUCACAGCCACCACAAUAAAGAAAUUCUUGUCAGCG